UUGACAGUUAAUAGGGAUUUGUAAUUACAAAACUAAAUUUUAAUUAAUUUAUUAUGUUUUAAAAUUUAUUUAAAUACGUGCUAUGGGCCAAGACGACAACCUUAAUGCGUCUAUCGCACAUAUUAUGUUGUGUUGUGUGGCCGGACGGGGUAUUAGCCGCAUGCAUGGGAGGAGCUUCACGGACCCGGGGAUGCACGCCAACUUUUUUAUACAUGGAGUUUUGGGAUUUCUUCAUUAUCAAAGCGGAAGAUUCAACAACGAUUUUAAUGCAGCCUAUAUAGUGAGUUACAAAGCGACCCGUUAUUUAGCUCUACCAUGUCUCAUGGCCGACCUCUAUAGAGGAAAUCAAAAUUUAAGCGUUAUUCAUCUUGUCUCUGGUCUGAUUCCUUUUACUAUGGCUUUGGCGGGAGAAGAAAAUGUACAGUUAGGGAAUUUAGUGAUAGCUUGUAAUAUAAUUUCUCUAUGUCAUUAUUCUAUACAAAAUAAUAGAGAAUGGGGAUGGUAUGCGGCCGGAGCAGCAUUAUUUGCUUAUUUCCUGCCACCUCAAAUGAGAGGACCAAAGAUUUUGUAUCCGUUAGGAUUGGCCUUGAUGGAGUACUGUGCGUAUAGGGUAUUUCAUAUACAUUAUAAUACGCCAACGCAAUAAAACAAUACAUUUUUU